UAGGCAUCGCAAUAGUAACGCCGCUCCACUACUAGGGGCUUUAGUUGAGGGCGGGUAUUACUUCACUCGGCCUGUUCACAAAACUUCUUGGCAGCGGCCUUCUUUAUGUGACGCCUGAUUAGUCAUAUCAGCAUAAGUUGGUGAAAAGCGAAGUCAGUACCGAGAAAGCAGGAGUAAUUCCGAAUGCCGUCAUUUUUCGCUGAACUCGCACCAAUAUAACAAUCUCUUCACUCAUUGAUACAUAUUCAUUUCUAUUGAUAAUUUGCCGGUCAGGUUUACAAAUCCUCAGGACUUUACCAAUGUCUCUUACGGAAUCAUCUGCCCAUGACAUCGCCAAAGCCGGCUCCCUAGCCUCUCGUCGUCUAGCUGUCCUGUCCGAAAUAGACCGAAAUGAGGCAUUGACAGCACUUCACAAUGCGUUGUCAAAAAACAAGAGUUCCAUCUUGGAGGCAAAUUCUAGGGAUGUGGAGAUCGCGACGUGUGCUGCAGAAAGCGGUAACCUGAGCCACAGUGUCCUGAAGCGACUCGACUUAUCGCGGCCGGGAAAGUAUGAUGACAUGUUGCAGGGUAUAUUGAGUGUGCGGGAUCUAAAGGAUCCGAUCGGAAAUGUCACCCUACGGACGCUUGUAGACGACGGACUUAUUCUAGAAAGAGUGAGCUGCCCAAUUGGUGUCUUGCUCAUUAUUUUUGAAGCUCGCCCGGAGGUUAUUGCAAAUAUAGCGGCGUUGGCAAUUAAAUCCGGGAAUUCUGCAAUCCUCAAAGGUGGGAAAGAGUCGACGCAAACCUUCGUUACUAUCUCGAAAGUUAUCUCUGAGGCGAUUUCAAACACCAAGGUUCCCGAGUCAUCUGUUCAACUAGUCGUAACAAGAGAUGUCGUUGCCUCAUUACUCGCUCAGGACAGACUAAUCGACCUCGUCAUUCCUCGAGGUUCGAACGAUCUUGUCCGUUACGUCAAGGAUAAUACGAAGAUCCCUGUACUUGGCCAUGCCGAUGGGAUUUGUUCCGCAUACCUUCACUCUGAUGCAGACGCAGACAUUGCCAUCAAGGUCGUUGUGGACUCCAAAACCGAUUAUCCGGCCGCUUGCAAUUCCCUUGAAUCAUUGCUCGUGCAUCAGGACUGCCUUGAGACUAUUUUCCCCAAGAUCGCCGAAGCACUAUUCAUGAAAGGGGUGUGUCUCCGCUGUGACGCACCUGCAAAAGCGGCGCUAUCGGAGACAUUGCCAACUAUACCGGAUGGCUUGCUGCUGGAUGCUACCGAUGCCGACUAUGAUACCGAAUUUUUGGACCUCAUCUUGGCUGUCAAAACGAUUGCCUCGACAUCGCAGCCCAGCGCUGCUAUCGAAGAGGCAGUUGAUCAUAUAAAUUCACAUUCAUCUGGACACACCGACAUCAUCUUGACUGCGUCAAAGCAGGCAGCAGACAUGUUCAUGAACAGCAUUGAUAGUGCGGGUGUCUUCUGGAAUGCUUCGACAAGAUUCGCAGAUGGGAUGAGGUAUGGUUUUGGUACUGAGGUUGGGAUCAGUACGAACAAAAUACACACGAGAGGCCCGGUUGGACUGGAUGGUUUGACCAUCUACAAAUAUAUGCUUAGGGGUGAAGGCCACACCGCAGGUGAUUACCAUGAAGGUGCUGGGGGAAAGAGAUGGAAACACGAAAGUUUGCCGGUACAUAAAGAUAGUUAGUUUUGCGAUUUGUCAACGCCUCAUUUAGAAAACAUAUUCAUUUCAUUUCCAC